CUCACGUACAACACGAAUUUAUUAUAAAAUGUUUAGGUUACAAUAUAUUUUCUUCGCCUUAAUCCUCAUAUCAAACUACAUCGAAAUAGAAGGCGCAGAGCAAAAAGAGCAAAAGAAAAGAGACGCUAGCAUCGGAAUUGGUUACGGCCAUGGUAUCGGCAUCGGCCACGGCGGCGGUAUUGGAAUCGGCUCUGGAAUCGGCAUAUCAUCCGGUAUCGGCUAUGGCAGAGUAAUUGGCGGUGGCAUUGGCGGCAUCGGUGGUGGCAUCGGCGGAAUCGGCGGUGGAAUCGGUGGACUCGGCGUAAGUUCCGGCGUAGGCAUCGGAGGCGGAAUUGGGCAGGCAGCCGCCCUCUCCGCCGCGGGCGUACCAACUCGGCACACGUACUCGGAGAUCAACAACGGUGUCGCUAUCCCCGUACCCCAGCCUGUACCAGUUGGUGUACCACGCCCGGUCCCUGUCGCAGUUCCAGUCGGAGUACCCGUGGAUAGACCACGCCCUGUGCCCGUGUCAGUACCACAACCCGUACCACAUGUAGUUACGAGACCGGUAGCUGUACCAGUAGAUAGACCUGUACCGUACCCGGUCGCUCAACCUGUGCCGGUGACGGUUACUCAAGGUGUUGGCAUACCGGUACCGCAGCCCGUACCGGUUGGUGUUCCUGCUCCUGUGCCAGUUGGUGUCCCUCAACCUGUAGCUGUUCCCGUGGGUACUGUUGUAACGAGUGCUGGAGGUGCAGGCAUCGGUGCGGGACUCGGAGGAGGUUCUAUUGUUGCGUCUAGUAUUGGCGGAGGCGCUGUGAUUGGAUCGGGCUAUGGCGGCGGCGCUGUAAUUGGGUCAGGCUAUGGCGGCGGCGCUGUAAUUGGUUCAGGCUAUGGGGGAGGCUCUAUUAUUGGUUCAGGAUACGGCGGAGGAGCUAUUAUUGGAUCUGGAUAUGGAGGAGGUGCAGUUAUAUCAUCGGGAUAUGGAGGAGGCAUUAUUUCUAGUCACGGAGGUCACGGUUAUGUUGAAUCUCAUGGACAUAUUGUAGACCAUCAUUGAAGACUUUGAUUGAUUAGAAUUUUAAGUGAUUAUUAGAUUAAAUUGUACCAAAUGCUCUAUUAUUGCCAAUUCGGGUGAACCCA